UAACACCAGAGCAAAGAAAGAAAUUAGCCGAAGAUAAUAUGCCAUAUUUCUUAGUUCGUUUACAUGAUACUGAAUUGUUGGAGAAUACCUACCUCAGAUUCAUGGUGAAAGCUAAAGGCACUCCUAAACCAAAUGUUAAAUUCUUCAAAGAUGGAGUAGAAAUUUCGGAAAAGAAUGAACGCAUGCAAAUCAUUCGAGAUCAUUCUGAUACUGGUUUCUAUGAAUUGGUAAUUCCGACUGUAACCAAAGUUGAUGAAGGCCGAUACUCUUGCGUUGCAGAGAAUCAGUACGGUCAGGCCGACUGUGAGGCAGUCGUUACAGUGACAGAACACAAAGACUUGUUUGCUGAUUUGACUGGUGAGUUACCAUCAGACGGAGAAAAACCAAACUUCGUAUGGAAGCGCGAUGGUAAACCAUUUGACCCUGAGGAGAGAUUCAAAGUACUGUUAGGUGACGAUGAAGAUUCUCUAGCUCUUGUAUUCCAGCAUGUCAAACCAGAAGAUGCUGGUCUUUAUACUUGUGUUGCUCAGACAAGUACUGGAAAUAUCUCCUGCAGCGCUGAACUCACUGUCCAAGUGAAUCAACUAAUGCGUGAACCAGAAAAACCACGACUUGAAAUUGAAACCAAGGAAGCAGAAGCCAAUCUUGGUGUUCGGCUAUGUUAG